CAAAAAUGUCUAAAACCGACGGCCAAUCCGGCCUGUCCCCCAACACCGAUGCUAUCCUCUCCAAGCCCUUCGAGAACCCUUCGAAAACGAACCCGUGUUCUACACUCAAAAAUACUGAGUCACUGACUAAGCGUACGAACAGGCACCGGUACACUGGGCCUGACUCUAUUGAACGGAUUCUGUCAUUAAUAGAUCAUACAAAGGUGCUUAAGAUUCACUCAUGCACUAAAAAUCAGAACCAAAUACUCAUGAACAUAGGGUUGCCAGCCACAAAGGAAAAGAAAAAGCGUUUCAAAGCUUUUGUAAUGAAGUAAAGAAAAACGAGAAAUACAAAAAGAACAGGAAGAAAUAUCCCAAAUGGCCAGUGAACCCUCUAAAGCAGUGAGAAUCUUCGAUAUGAACAGGGAAAACAAUGAAAUCAGUCGGAAAAAGAAGAGAUAUAAGGUACAGAGCUAUUCCCUGUUCAGGAAACGACGCAAGUUUCAUAGAAGAAAGGAAUCCAAAGGAUCUCAAUUCCUUUCAGCAAUUAAUUCUGUAAGAAGGCGGAGUGAUAGCUGCACAAGUAAUGAUGCAUCGAUGCCUGAAAUGGACUCUUACAGGUCAACUUUUAAAAAUGAUCAUCAAAAUAAAGCCAUAACUUCGGUUAAAUAAAUUUAAAGUAUCUGAAAGCACAAUAAAAUCAUCAGAAACUAAGAAAGAGAUGGCCCAGAGCAAAUCGAAAAUACUUGAGAAGGCUGAAAAUUUGAAUAUGGGAGAGUACAUCACCAGGAACAGAACUCAGAUCUUAGAUAACACAGUGAAUCAGGAGAAAAUAUAAGACCUAACUUCAUGAAUUACACUGCAAAUAUUGAUCAAUUUCUAAACAUCAAAGAACAUAAGAAAGAAAGAUACCAAAAUUCGAAUUUAAUGAAUUCAAACUCUCAAGAGAUAGAAGUACUUCAGAAUUUGUACACAACAACCCAAAAGAUCAUCCCAGAGAUAAUUAUUCCUACAGAUAUCUCCAAUAGUUUGACCUGGGAAGAGGUCAAGUCCAUCUGUGACCGAAUAGUUGAGCUCUGUGAGAACUCCAAUCUGAACAAGAAGCGUAUUCUUGAGUUAUAUUCCAUAAUUGAAGAGAAGUUUGAGACCCAUAAAACUCCAGUUGUUAGACUCUUAGUCAAGAAGAUCAAAGCAGAGAUCCUGAUUGAGUUCAGAGAUUUCCAAGAAUGAGUAAUUCUGCUCCACAGAUGCAUUGAUUUCUGCGAGAAGCAUAAAAUGUACAGAGAAGAAAUCUCAAUUUUGAACCAACUCGGCGUGGUCUACAGGUUUCAGAAGAAGUAUCAGCUCUCAAUCCAGUUCCAUAUCUUACAACUUGAGCUGUCUUGGGACCAGAAGGAUAUGGUCAAUGAGAUGACUGCCUAUGAAAACAUCUGUAUGUCUUAUUACUACCUCGGCAAAAUCCAAAAUGCAAUGUAUUUCAUGAAAAGAGUCAUCGAAGGAGACUUUGAACCAGACAAUUCAGUAGUCAAAAGAAUCGCCUCUACCAUGGUGAAAUAAUGCUAGAGAGAAACUCAAGUCUCAGGGCUAUAGACAUCUCAUUGAAGAAUAUGAACAGGGAAGCAAAAGAAGUGAUUUCAGGCUGUCCAAAGUUAACUCGAAACAAAAGUCUUCAUUCUCAGAGCUAGUCAGUCCAGAUCGAGAGAUGAAUAUGAACAGCAAGAGCUCAUCACAGUUAAUGAUUUCUCCUUCUCUCAAGCCAGGUGGAGCAAUAAACGCUUCAGCAGAUUUUACUCAUAAGAAAUCUUUACUGUUUUCACCAGUAAUUCCCUUGGGGCAAAGAAGGUCGACAAAUUUUUCAUUCGCUGCUGCAAAAAAGCCGAAAACUCAAUAUCUCAAGGGUAAAUCUAGGAUUAGUUACACUAGGAUGGUGGUUAGGCCCACAGGGAAACCUGAUCACAAGAGGAUGAUCACAAAUAUUUUCAACAAGUAUUCCUUGCAGUAGAGCAAGGCAAUCAAAAACAACCUUCACACUGAAGAAGGCUUCCGAAAAAUGAUCAAAGGUGUAAUUUUAAGAAGAGGUAAAAGCACCAGCAAUAAACAACAAGUGUAUUACACUCAUCAGAGUCAUCUGAGAAACAUCCAGGGUAUUGUCUCUCGUUCUGUAGUGGAAGGAAUCAGAGAAGCUCUUGAAAAAUUCACUAAAGCAAUUAAGCCAUACCUGCCGAAAUCCUAUACAAGAAACCAAGAUUUUGAAAAUAGAUCAAAACUGAAGAACUAAAAUAUUA